AUGAGUGAUCAAGCUAAAAAAACAUACUUUAUUACAGGCGGCAAUCGCGGUAUAGGAUUCAAUUAAGUAAAAAUUUUGAGUUAAAGAUAAUACUGUGAUAGCAUCCAUACGUGGUCCAAUUUAUUUACCCAAGAAUACUCAGUUAGAGCAAUUGAAAAAAGGGAGGGAUAAUAUUCAUAUUGUGCAGCUUGAUUUUAUAAGUGAAGACAGUAUCAACAAGAUAGCAGAUGAAGUUAAGAAUACGCCUUUUUUCGAAGGUAUUGACGUUUUCAUCUCAAAUUCUGGGAUACCAGACGCAUAUUACGAGGUUCUGACCGCACCAAAGGAUGUCUGGCUUGAACAUCAUACCACUAAUGUUUUGGGUCCGAUUUUCACUCUAUGAAAAUUGUAUCCUUUUCUCCUUAUGAAGAGGACUCACCAACUGUUUUUCAUAUCAACUUGCGCAGGAUCAAUUGGUGAUUUUUCUCCUAUUUCUGUAUCCGCAUAUGGUCAGUCUAAGGCGGCUUUAAAUUACACCGUAAAGGAGCUCAGCUUUGAGUUAAUGCCAAAAGUUUUUACUGUUGUUGCCGCUCACCCUGGCCUUGUCUCAACUGAUAUGGGUCAAUAGGGUGUACAAAAAUUUGCAGAGAUGAAUAUUCAGUUAAGCGGUGUAGAGGUUAUCACACCCGAGCAAAGCGCUUCCGGGCUGGUUAAUGUUUUGGGUAGUAUUACUCCUUCAGAUAAUGGAAAGUUUCUCAAUUAUGAUGGACCUGAAGCUGUUUUCUAG